AGCACAGCUUAAACUCUGUUGGAAAUUGGCUUCCGAAAGUCACAGUGGCAGGAGACUCAGAAGGACAUGGAGUUAAAGUUAACGUCGCGGUGUUAAUUAGAUCUCUGAACUUCUACGCGACAGACAGCGUUUUGAAAUAACCAGAUAAGUGUGGUUGGAUGGUAGGGUGACUCAGAUCAUGGAGUACUUGUUAAAAACGUUCUUCUAUCGGGAUGAAGAACAGAAAAUUACGGAGAGCAGUAUGGCCUCAUCGGUGAAGAUCACCGUCAACGGCCAGGAGUAUGAAGUCGACCCGGCCACGCCCCCCAGCACUCGCCUGGUGGACUUCCUGCACGAGAAGAACCUCAGCGGCACUCACGUGACAUGUUACCAGGGCGGCUGCGGGGCCUGUACUGUCGUGGCGUCGUUCGCGGACCCCGACACGGGCGCCAAAAACACGCAUUCGAUCAACAGCUGCCUCGCCCCCCUCCUCGGUUGCAACGGCUGGGAAAUCACGACGGUAGAAGGCUUGGGAAAUCGUUACGACGGUUACCACGUGAUUCAAGAGCGACUGGCGGAGUAUUCGGGUACCCAGUGUGGUUACUGUUCGCCGGGGAUGGUUAUGAAUAUGUAUGGCCUAACGCAGAGCAGCAGCACGUGGACGCCUUCAGAAGUGGAGCAGCACCUUGACGGGAACAUCUGUCGCUGCACCGGAUACAGACCCAUCCUGGACGCCUUCAAGUCCAUCACUGUUCAGGAUAUCGAGGACUCCCACCUGGUUCGCUGUCCGAAAACGGGGGAGGCUUGUAAGGGGCACUGCGAUAAAAAGGAAAAUGGCAAGGUCCCAGUGAGUGACAAUAAGGCCACACCAGCCCUCCUGCAGACGAAAGACUCAGCGUGGCACCAGCCGGCAUCUCUUCAGGAUCUCUACAAUAUCUUGGCUGGGCUCGAGGAAGGGAAAACUUACCGCUUCGUCUGUGGUGACACUGCCCAAGCCGUGUACUACAGCGGUUCCUACGACGCCUACAUCUACACUCGCCACAUCCCCGAACUCUCCCGCGUGGCACAGGCUGAGAAUGGCGUGGUGUUCGGUGCCAACGUGUCAAUCUCCCGUGUCAUGCAGGAACUUGACACGGUGUCAACUGGGCGGGCUGGCUACACCUACGCGAAGGAGCUGGUCAGGAACUGGCACCACGUGGCGAGCACCUCCGUUAGGAAUUUGGGCAGCUGGGCAGGCAACCUCGGCUUGAAAUUAAGUCAUAAUGAAUUUCCGUCUGACAUUUUCAUCAACCUCCUGGGCGCCGGUGCUGUUGUAACGACAGCUCUACCUACCGGGUCGACCUCGACUCACACCCUCGAGGAACUGCUCGGCCUCGACCUUCAGAAGGAGCGUCGAGUGAUCCUUGAGAUGCGUCUUCCUCCUAUGUCUGACGAGGUCGUCUUCAGGGUAUUCAAGGUAAUGGGAAGAUGGACCAACACACACGCCUUCGUCAACGCGGCGAUGGCCUUCAGAGUGGACAAAACCAACGCCCACACUGUGACCGAAAAGCCGCUGAUCGCCUACGGUGGAAUCAACCCAACGUUUGUGCGGGCCUCGGCUACGGAGGCGGCGCUGGAGGGCAAGAGCCUUGAAGAUGAGGGAGUCCUACAGGCGGCCAUGCAGGCUCUGGCCGACGAGCUCAAGCCUGAUAACCUGCCUCAGGAUCCCGCGCCAGAGUACAGGCUUUCUGUUGCCCAGAAUCUGCUUUAUAAAAUGGUGCUGGGUAUCGUAGGAAAUGCCGCCUCUAGCACAGUGAUCAGCGGAGGCACUGACCUGGAACGACCUGAAUCGAGCGGGCAGCAAGAGUACGACCAGAAUACCGAAACUUGGCCACUGGGUCAGCCGAUUCCCAAGCUGGAGGCCCGCAUGCAGUGUGCCGGCGAGGCCGAAUACGUGAACACAAUGGCGGCCGUGAACGAGGAACUUUUCGGAAUGUUUGUCACGUCGACGCAGGCCAACGCUCGCAUCGCCAGCAUAGACCCGUCGGCUGCCCUUGCUAUGCCCGAUGUGGUAGCGUUUGUGGGCGUGGAAGACAUUAAAGGAGUCAACAAUAUUAUGGCUUUUGCGUGGCCUUUGCCGCAGAAGCUCUUCCCCGAGGACCGAGUGUCAUACUACGGGCAGCCCAUCGGCCUUAUAGUCACCAAGAACAGGGGAGCGGCCUACGGUGCUCGCGAGGCUGUCAAAGUCACGUAUGACGACAUUCAGCCGCCUGUGUUGACCAUUGAGGACGCCCUGCAGAAGCCACCUAUUAAGGGGCCUCCUUACGAACAGGGGGAUGUGCAAGCUGGAUUCGCUUCCUCGACGCACAUCUUCGAAGGGGCCAUGAGCCGAGACGGACAGUAUCACUUCCACAUGGAGUCUCAGUCGUGUCUAGUCGUGCCCACUGACAUCGGCCUGGACGUUUAUGCCUCGACCCAGUGGGCAUCGGAAACUCAGCGUGCUAUCGGCCAAGUAUUGGGCAUUCCGGAUAACACCAUCAACGUAACGGUCAAGCGGCUGGGCGGGGCUUUCGGCGCCAAGAUCGACCAGUGCAACAUAGUGACGACGGCGGCGGCGGUGGCGGCGCAGAAGGUCCGAAAGCCCGUGCGCGUGGCCCUCGACCUCGACGCCAACAUGACCGUUAUCGGCUGGAGGGAGCCCUAUUUGUGCACUUACAAGGUCGGUGUCGACGACUCCGGUGUCCUGCAGGCCAUCCAGGCGACGCUGACCUGUGACGCAGGCUACGUGGCAGUGGACACGUCUAGCCCCGCCGCUGUGUACUGCAUGACUUCGUGUUACAGCUGCCCUAACUGGGAGGUCACGCCGCAGGUCGUUCUCACUAACACGGCCUGUAAUACGUGGUGUCGCACGCCUGGUACGGUUGAGGGCGUGAUCUUCAUGGAGAAUAUCCUAGAGCACGUGGCGCAGGGCAUGGGCAUGGACCCUCUGGAGCUGAGGAAGAAGAACUUGAUGCCCGACGGAGGGACGCGCCCGCUUAAUCAGGGCAUGAUUCGCUUCAGGUCACUCGUUGCAGGCAAGGAAGCGAAAUGGCUCCCCGACAGCCUCCCUGUACCAAGGAACCUCAUUUCGGACAUGCUGACCCAGAUUCUGACCUCAGCUAAUGUGGAGGAGCGGAAGCAGAUAGUUGCUAAUUAUAACCAGACCAACCUUUGGAAGAAACGCGGCCUGUCAGUGAUGCCUUUGCUGUGGCCUUAUGCAGUGGCAAUGAAAGUGCCAUUCAAUGCCAUGGUAUCUGUCAACGCCCGGGAUGGCACUGUGGCUGUCUCCCACGGUGGCACUGAGCUGGGACAGGGCAUAAAUACGAAGGCCCGCAUUGUGAAACUCUUGCUCCGCACCCAGGUCCUGCGCACCGACAUCCUGGAGGACGCCGGCAAGAGCAUGAGCCCGAUAGUCGACGUCGGGCAGGUGGAGGGGGCGUACGUGAUGGGCCAGGGGCUCUUCACCAUCGAGAAGCCCCUGUACGACCAUGACACCGGCAGGAGGCUCACCGACGGGACCUGGUAUUACACCCCGCCCGCCGCCCUCGACAUCCCCGUUGACUUCCGCGUUUCCCUGCUCCAUGACGCCCCUAAUCCUGUGGGCGUGCAGUCAUCCAAGGUGACUGGAGAACCCCCUCUGUGCUUGGCCUUCACAGUAGUCAUGGCACUGAGGCAGGCAGUGGCAAGUGCCAGAGGAGAUGCUGGUGUAACCGACUGGUUCCAGAUGGACACGCCACUGACUGUUGACAAUUUGCAACGCCUUUGUCUCGUGGAUUCUAGCCGCCUCACCAUCAAAUAAUUUCCCUAAGUCCCCAAUGAAGAAUUAACUGUGAAUUGAAUUGUAAAAGAAAAUAGUUAGAACUGCGUAUUCUUGUUGAUUUUAUGAUUUGCUGUUGGACGACGUGUGUGCAGUUUUAGAAAUAUACCUUUGUCAUGGCUUUGUAUAAUGACCUAAAUGGAUUUUUUUCUGCUGCAUUGUUAUAUUCCAGGAGUCAGAGAGAUACCUGCAUUGUGGUUAUUAUUAUUUUUUUUUAUCCAUAGCAUACGUUUCUCUGCAGGAUUUUGCGUGGGAUAGCGAUGCUCAUUUGUUUUUGUUAUGUAUUUUAUUAAUGCAGUUUUCAGUUCUUGCUGUUGAUUUUCGUUUCUAGUCUGUUACUUUGUUGUUGCAUAUGAAUAUAUUUAUAUACUGGCCCUCGUGUAGGUGAAUGCAGAUGAUUUUUUGUAUUGAUUCGAAUGGACUUGGGGGAAAAAAACUCAUCAUGGUGAUUCGAGCAGAAGAUAUAUAAUUCCAUAUUUCCAGAUACUGUUAUCAUUUGUUCUAUUUGAAAUACGAAUUUCUUUUAGACUUGAGUAAUAAUUAUGUACCGAUCUAAUAAAGUUAUUUAUGCGACA